AUGUCUAUCCCCGUAUGGACCGUUGAAGAAUACCACGAGUAUAAUUUGCCUUCGAAGGCUAUUCCGAGCUCGAAAGAUAGCCUCGUAAGUUCUGAUAAAUUGAACAGCGAUAAUGACGAUGACCAACCAGAAGUUCACGGUACGGGCCUUUUCCCCCCGCGUUUGAACAGCUCGAAAGAUAACAAUGCUAGUCAGCAAGAGAACCACUCACCCAAUCAUAGUCCUGCUAAAAAGUUCGCUGUUCCUCGGUUGACAUUAAGCAGUGCAAAAUCUGAAGGUUCUUCUUCCUCUUCAUCAUCCUCAUCAACCUCUUCAUUGCAGUGCUGCUUGCCCAGUGUCAGACGUCAUUCUUCCCCCUUCAGUGAGAAGUCUGAAGUUUUCAUGAGUAGAACCCAUCCUCCUCCUCCUCCUCCUCCACCGCCAUCCAAAAAUGUCCGGCUCGUUCGACCAAUCUUCGUUCGACCGUCCCUACCUCGGCCAGAAGUUGUCCACAAAUCCCUUCUUCCUUUCCUUAUGCUUAAUGAAGACAAUGCUAGAUUUUUCUUGCUCGCCUUUUUAAUAUUAAUAUAUAUGAUUGUUGGCGCUGGCUUCUUCCAAGCUUUAGAGGAAGCCAACGAAACGUAUAAUAGAGAAGAAGCAAGUUAUGAAAUCGAUCAGCGAAUAUCUAGCGUCAAGAAAGAUCUCUCAUUCAACAACUGCACCUGGGACUCAAUUGAACAACUUGUUUACAGCUGGGGCAAUGCCACCGCUGCAGGUCUCUUGAAUCACAGGAAGAGUUGGGACUACAGCGGCAGCUUCCAGUUCGUCUACACCGUCGUCUCUACCAUCGGCUACGGUGCGACCACUCCUCAUACCAUACAGGGCAAGGUCUUCUGUAUAGUCUAUGGCUUUUUGGGCUGCUCGUCUGGCAUCCUUUUCUUCAACCUUUUCUUGGAGAGGAUCAUCACACUUAUGGCGUACUUCUUAAGGAUGCGUCAUCUGCACCGCAAGCGCCGCCUGCGCAUGCAGCAGAUGCAGUCGCAGUCGGGCACAUCCAAGUUCAAGAAGCCGUUCACGGUGUCGCCGAACUCGCUUGGUUCAAAGGACGCCAAAGCAGUCAUGCCGGAAACAAGGGAGCACCCGGGAACAGACGGCAUGUCGAAUGAAAAGCCAGCGGCUGAUGAACACGACGAAGAAAAAGAUCUUGAGGGCUGGAAGCCUUCUGUUUAUAAAGUUCUCUUUUAUCUGAGCCUCCUUAGCAUCGUUGUGGGACUUACAGCUUCCCUUCUCUUCAGUAAGAUGGAGCAAUGGACGUAUAUCGAUAGCAUCUACUUCUGCUUCGUCUCAUUCGCCACGAUUGGCUUCGGAGAUCUUGUUGCGGUUCAACAAGACAGUUCUUUCUACGGCACCUUCGUGUACGCAUACAGAUUCUUCAACUUCUUCUUCUUGGUGGUUGGCUGCUGUUGUAUUUACUCCCUGUUCAAUGUCAUCUCCAUUACCAUUAAACAGCUCCUCAACUGGAUGAUCAGACGAAUGGCGAGCAGUUGUCUCGAAGGCUGCCGCUGCUGUCGCAAGAAGAACAACGUUGGACCUUCGCUGUUGAUGCAGCAAGCCUUCAGUCAAAUGGCCAAGCAGUACCGCUUCGAAGACGACGAUCCUCUCGACCUAAAAAAUAACGACCCAGAGCGCAAGUUCUUGACUGGCGUCUCCACGAAGGAGAGCUAUCCACCCAACAAAGUGAAUCUGGCAGUGCUGCAGAAGCAGCUGCACGACAACUCACAGAGGCACACCCUAGGGCUGCCAAACGCGCACGUCCCCAACGAUGAUGUCAGCCCCAUCGACUCCCCUGGGCGCCAGAGUCAAGGGUCCGCGGGCCACGAGAAGAAGCAUGGGGACCGCAUCACACCGGGGCAAGUUGGGCCACUUGCCAUCGCUUCAUCGAUGAUGACUGAAAUGACUUGAGUCUUUGCUGUACCGAUUGUGUCAGAUUCUCUUUAGUCAGUCGUGUCUCGAUCGAAGCUUCAC